UUGCGUAUCGCUUGGAAGAGAGGUCAAAGAAGAGAGAAAGCCAUGUCGCUGAACCCAAAAGCCAAGAAAGAGGUUCGUCUAAACCCCAAACCGGUUUCUCAGGUUCCUAUCACAAGUGAUCAAAUCAAUCUCUGGUUUGGGUUUUGAUUGUUAAUUCCUGUUGGUGUACAAAGAGAUGGUCGAUGGUGUUCGGUCAGAUGAUCCUUCAAUACAGUCUGAAUACGCUUCCAAGUUCAAAAAGUUUCUUCUUGAUGAGGAAAACCCUCCAAUUGAUAAGAUAAUAGAGUCUGGAGUUGCGCCUCGUUUCGUUGAGUUUCUUAAGAAGGAAGAUAACAUCGAGCUUCAGAUGGAUGCUGCUACAGUUCUAAGAAUCAUUUCUGAAGAGAACACCAAAGUGCUAAUUGAUCACGGUGCUAUUCAAAUCUUUGUCCAUCUUCUUGCUAGUGCUGCUGCUGCUGCUACUGAUAGUCUUCUUCUCCUUCUUCUCCGUAUGGAGGCCACAACGGCACUAGGUAAUGUUGCUUGUGCUUCAGUAGAAUCCCGUGACUAUGUUCUACGGUGUGGUGCACUGAGUCCUCUGUUGGCUCAGCUGCAUGAGAAUGCUGACAUGUGGAUGCUUAGAACCGCCGCUUCUACUUUGUCAGCCAUCUGCUCUGUCCACCCUCGGCCUCCCUUUCGCCAGAUGGAACCUGCACUCUAUGCACUUCAGAGAGUUCUUCACAGAAAUGAUGAACAGUUCUUGUCAGCUGCUUGUUGGACACUUUAUUUUCUAUCUCAUGGUCCUAAAGAAUACAUCCAGAGUUUUAUCGAUGCUGGUCUUGUCCCAAGACUAGUUCAACUUCUCGGAAACAAUUCUCCAUCUGUGAUUGAUCGUGCAUUAGGUACCAUUAUGUAUCUAACUACUGGAGAUAAUCAGCAGACAAAAGUUGUGAUAGAGUGUGGUGUUUUACCUCUUCUUGCCGACCUUCUUACUCAAGACUAUGCUAUAAGAUGCCAAAACAUAAAGAGGGACGCUUGCUGGGCGAUUUCAAACAUCACUGCAGGCACUGAAGAAGAAAUUCAGUUAGUUAUUGAUGCAAACCUGAUUCCAAAGCUGGUCAAUUUGGCUCAAAAUGCUGAAUUUGACAUCAUAAAGGAAAAAGCUGUAAGGGCAAUUUCACAUGCAGCCUUAGGUGGUUCUAAUGAUCAAAUCAGAUACUUGGUGGAGCAGGGUUGCAUAAAGCCUUUAUGUGAUCUCCUGGUAUGUCCAGAACCAGAAGUCAUCUUUAAGUGUCUGUAUGGACUGGAAAACAUUUUGAUGGCCGGAGAGGCAGAGAGGAACAUAGGAGGCGUGAACUAUUUCUCUCAGCAGAUUGAAGAUGCGGAAGGGCUAGAAAAGAUUAAGAACCUGAAACAGCACGUAAACAAUAUGAUCUACCUUAAGGCUAUGCAGAUUCUGGAGACAUACUGGGCAGAAGAGGAUGAUGAGCAGACAUAAAAACCUCCAAAGUGAUGAUCUCUGGUCUCUCAGUUGUGAGAGAACCAAGUCCCAAAUCUUCAGUUGAAAUGUAUAAUUAGA